CAGCAGACGAGGGCGGCUGGCGAGGUGGAGAUGCGGCUGGCGGCACACCAGCCGCCCUUCUGCCAUCGCAUCAUCGUCAGCCGCGCCCCCGGCGGUGUCGCCCUGCUGCUGGACCUCAUGUGUCUGCCCGUGGGCCGCAGCUACAUCAAACUCAGCAUCUCCGCACAGCCCUCCGCACCCGCACCCGACGGCGCCAUCAAAUCCGAGCCCGGCGCCUCCGGCUCUUCCGGCGGUGCGCCAGCUGCCGGCGGCCCCGGCGAGGCGCUGCUGCGAGCGGUGCAGCAGCUGGUGCCUGCGCGGCUGGGGCCGGAGGUGGUGGUCAGUGUGGGCGGCAGGGCGGCGGCACACACGGGCCCGGGGCCCCGCCCUGCGGCGGCUGGCGGCCCGGGUCCGGGUGCACCGCUGUGGCUGCUGGUGCCCAAUGGGCGGGUGCGGCAGGCGGUGGAGGUGGU